CAAGCACAUCCCCAUCAUGUCACUCGGUAUGUAGGCAGACAGGAAACACACAGAUAACAGUCGUCCAGCGGAACUCCGACCCCGUCUUCUGACAUGAUGGAGGCUGUUAAAGCUGUGUGGCUUAUUGUGCUGGGUAGCUCGCAGGCUGCUGGUAUCACUUUGUCCUCCGGCAUCAGCGCGUGCAGAGACACGUGUGUGAAGGCGGGAAUGUGUGACGGGACCACACUCCGGGGUGGGUAUAUGAUUGCUUGUUAUAUGAACACUGGAAGCAGGAAUUCGAAGGCAAAAGAAUUUGUUAAAGAAAACGACCAGGAACAUCACAUCCGAGUUGAAGUAACGGAGAUCGUCUGUGCAGAGUCAGUCACGACUGUGUCCGACACACGUGGGGCCUCCGGCUGUUUGUUUGACAGAUGUACAGUCAUCGUGGGUACAAAGAUGGCUUCCGAAUGUCAGUCUCCAGCAUGGGAACUGAGAGAUGUGGCCGACAUGGUGUACAACUGUACAAGAGGAGACAAUCACCGCACACCUACAUGCGUCGGAGAUGGUUAUGUCGAAUAUCAGGCUGGGGAAGAGCAGAUGUACAUCAAGGAGUAUUCUACAAAUAUGACUUGGGACCAAGCCUCUGAACAGUGCCGCUCGGAUGGGGCCAGGCUUGUUAAACUGGAUACAAGAGUGAGACAGGCAGCCAUUAAAAAGUACCAGUCUCCACACUGGAUAGGGCUGAGGGAUAUGCAUGACAACGACGACUACGUGUGGACUGAUGGCUCCCCUCUCAGCUUUAGCUCGUGGUACGCCAGGGAACCAUCUCACUUUAAUAAGUACACUGGGGAGAAGGAAGACUGUGUGGAGGUAGCUUGGCGGGGUUUCAUAAUGGCCUCGAAUCAGUGGAAUGAUCUGGGCUGUGGCAGGGUCAUUCCCUUCCUGUGUGAAAAACUGAUUUAAAGACAAAGGACAAGUAAAGGAUAUUUUGCUUGGUGGUCGGUUAUGACAAAACGUGACUAUACACCCUCAACAAUUCUAGUGUUACAUUUCCUUUCAAUUAUGGUAAAUCAUUGGAGCCAUAUUCCACCAUACAUGUUGCUUCGUCCGAUUUGAAAAAUGUCGUGCUAAAAAUAGCCGUCCAAUAA